AUGGGAGGGACGGAGGGGACGGGAGCGGAUGGGGGGACGGGAUGGGACAGGGAGAGGACGGGAGCGCUCCGAGGUGCGCGGGUUUGUGCAGGGGGAGAGUUGUGCGGGGGGACGGGGCAGGACGGGGACGGGACAGGAGGGAAGGGCUGGGACGCAGGGGACAGGAAUGGGACAGGGACAGCACAGGAGGGAAGGGCUGGGACGCAGGGGACAGGACACGGCAGGGGACAGCGGGGCUCUGCCCAGCCCGAGGGGACAUCCCCAGGACACGGCUCCUGCGCGCCCCGAACCCGGAGCUGUGCGGGGUGGGGGGGCUGCGAGGGACCAGGGGGGUCGGGGGCAGCACGAAGACCCUGCGAUGGGGACACGGCCCCUCCGUGGGGCACCGCGCCUGUCCCCUGCCCCACGCUGCCGAGCACCCCCCUGGGGUGGGGGACAUGGGGGUCCUCAGCCCCGGGGCGCCGGGCAGGGGGCGAGGGGACCCCUGGCAGGCCGCUGACACCCGCUGUGCCCCAGAUCCGCCGGCGCAGGCCCACGCCUGCCAUGCUCUUCCAGCUCUCCGAGCACUCGUCCCCAGAGGACGAGUCCCUGCCCUACCAGCGAGCCUCCGGCGAGGGCUGCCUGCUGAAACCAAAGAGGAACAACCCGUGUGCCUACACGCCGCCCUCGCUCAAAGCGAUGCAGCGCAUCGUGCAGUCCCACCUGGAGAGCGGCCUGGCCGGGGGGGACAGCUCGGACGGAGAGGCCGAUGACGGGGACCACGAGCUGGCCCGCGCCUGCGACCCCGACAGCGCCCUCGAGCCUGGUGAGUUGGGGG